GAGGAGCCGGGCCACUGGGGUCAAUUUCUGGCUGGACGACGUGAGUUUCUUCCUGCCGGACGGGACCAAGCUGCUCAAGGGCGUGAGCAUGCGGAUCGGCUCCGCGAGGCAGGUGGCCGUGAUGGGCCCCUCGGGCGGAGGCAAGUCCACGCUGCUCGCAGUGCUGAGCGGCAGGGCCUCGUACGGCCAGGUGAGCGGCAGGCUGCUGGUGAGCGGCAGGAAGGCCGACGACCUGAGAUUUCUCAAGGACGUGGUCGGCUUCGUGCCCCAGGACGACAUCCUCCACGGCGAGCUCACGGUCGAGGAGAAUCCCCCCCCCCCUCCCCCCCCGCGCGCGCCCGCAGGCACCACGUACGUGCAGUUGGCCGCGAAGACGGCCCAGGUGAUGGAGGACCUGAGCCUGAGCAAGAUCUCGGGGGCGCGUGUCGGCACGCCCGAGUGCCGCGGCGUGUCGGGCGGCCAGCGGAAGCGCGUGUCCAUCGCGAUGGAGUUGGUGACAGGUCCCCGCCUGCUCUUCGCGGACGAGCCGACGAGCGGCCUUGACAGUUUCACGUCGCACGAGGUCGUCGGCAGCCUCACCAAGGUCGCGAGGUCUCAGAGCACCACCUCCGUGGCCGUCAUUCACCAGCCGCGCUGGGAAACCCUCGAGCUGUUCGACGACCUCGUGUUGUUGGGAGCAGGAGGCUGCUUGGUGUAUGCUGGCACCACCCGGGACGUGGUGGAGCACUUCCGAUCGCGCCUCCAGGUGGAGUUCCCCCCGAACAUGAACCCGGCGGACCGGCUGCUCGACUCCAUCCAGAGGGACCCGGACGCCUGCGCCGACGUGUGGCGGGACUACUCGCAGACGCUCGAGGCGCCCGAGGAGGAGCCGGCGCCCCCGUCCCUCUUUCACAGGCAGCGCCCGGCCUUCUUCCAGGGGGUACUGAUCUUCAUGGACCGCUCGAUGCUGCAGUCCGUGCGCGCCGGCAGGACAAUCCUGAUCAACCAGGUGCUCUGCGUUGGCAUGGUCACAGUGCUCUGCAGCACCAUCGAAUACCAGUACUUUGACAGAUUUAUGAUGCAGGCUGCCUUCGCUGCCCUCUUCCUGAUGCUCUUGCACUGCAUCGCUGCCCAGCGUGUCUUUGGCCCCGACCUGCUGGUCACCUCGCGGGAAGCCCGCGUCGGCGGCCCGAUGGUAGCCUACCUUGUCGCUAAGGACCUCGCGGCUCUCUUCGAGAUUACCCUCUCUGCCAUUGUCUUCACGGCAGCCUACGGCAUCCUGAGCGGUGUCCAUUUCUCUCUCGCCAGACUGUUCUCGGGAUCCUGGGCCUUUCUGUACUCUGUCUCGGGCAUGAGCUACAUCUACAGCAUCACCAUGUCCCCAGGCUCGGCCCAAAUGUGCGGCGUCGGCAGCUCCGUCAUCGCCUUCUGCAUGGCAGGAUCCUUCAACCCCCUGCUCCCCGACCUCGUGGGCAUGCUCGGCGGCAGAGGGUGGAUGCUCCCGGCCCUGAGCCCCGUGCGGUGGCUGUACGGCUUCCUCCUCACCGCCGAGGCUGGCCACCUGACGGAGUUCUCCAGGAGCGUGUACGAGGACCACCUGCGGCAGGCCGGGUACGACUUGAGCCACCUCGACAUGUGCCAGGCGAACCUGCUGGGGCGGAAGGAGACCGACCACACGCUGAAGCAGGACUGGCUGGAGGGGCGCGGCUGGGUGUGCUCCGCCGCGCCGAUGCUGCUCCUCGGCAUGGGCGGCGGAUCAUCUUCAGGUUUCUGGCGGGGCUGUGCCUUCUGCUCUACGUGGGCGGGCAGACGUCGGGGUGGGCCCGCUUCCUGGCCCAGUCGAACGCCGGGGCAUGGAAGCUGCUUGGCCGGCUGUUCGCGCUCCUCGUCUUCACGUUUUUGGCCCUCUUCUUCUUCGCGGAGAUCUGGGUCUUCGGGCUCCUCUCCUUCAACCCGCAGAAGCCCCUUCGCGACAGCCUCCCCCCGGGCGCCGGCGCGGCAUUGGAGGGGUUGCCGGCCGCAGCGUGGAGCCUCUUCGCGUGACGUUUAGCCCCCUAACGCAGUGCUCUCCUGCCGUCUUUCCCCCCCUCUCUUCU